CCAUGACAAACAAAAGAUUGCGGGACAAGCCACACUAACGGGUUUUGGGUUCGUCACGAAAUCUUCCUUCCCCCUCCAAAGUGAGUGGAGGGGAGAUUGCGUGACGAGCCCACAGUGCGUUUGCGUAGGAGACUAGCGGAACACGGACCAAAGUUGUUUUGCUCAGAAAUUGAAGUCGCACGAUCGAAAUGUCGGCUAACAAAACAGCCGUGGUGUUGGACAAUGGAUCAGAUACCAUUAAGGCGGGAUUUGCCAAGGAAGAAACUCCCCAUACAGUUUUAACUUCUGUUGUUGGCUAUCCAGAAUCCGCUAAAUUUCAAGAAGUAGCCGAUCGAGAUGACCCGUUCAUCGGAAAGGAUGCUCUGCACUCGAGUUGUAAUCUGGAUCUUACAUUUCCCAUCAAGAACUCGAUCAUAACCAACUGGGAUGAUAUGGAGAUGCUUUGGCGUUACACGUUUGGUAAACUAGGUGUUCAUCCCGAGGAACACCCAGUUCUGCUGACUGAAGCUCCAUUCAACCCGAAAGUCAACAGAGAAAAGACGACCCAGAUCAUGUUCGAGACCUUCCAUUCGCCAGCAAUGUAUUUAGCCCUAGCCCCCGUGUUGUCUCUGUACAGCUCGGGCCGUACAGAUGGCAUCGUCCUGGAGAGUGGUUAUGGUAUUAGUCACGCAGUUCCUGUCCACAACGGUUUUGCCAUUCGCCCAAAUGUUCUUAGUCUUUACUUGGCCGGCAGCAGCUUGACAGACUACCUCAUGAAGAUUCUGACCGAGCGUGGCUACUCCUUCACUACCACAGCCGAGCGUGAGAUCGUGCGUGACAUCAAAGAAAAACUUUGCUAUGUUGCUCUCGAUUUCGAGCAAGAAAUGCAGACUGCUGCCUCCGGCUCCAGCUUGGAGAAGAGUUACGAGCUACCCGACGGACAGGUCAUCACCAUUAGCAACGAGCGUUUCAGAUGUCCUGAAGCGCUGUUCCAGCCUUCCAUGACUGAAACCGGUUCCUCCGGUUCAACCGGUAUCCAUAAGCUCACUUACGAUUCCAUCAUGAAGUGCGACGUGGAAAUCCGAAAAGACCUGUUCGCCAACAUUGUCUUAGCUGGUGGUUCCACCAUGUUUCCAGGAAUCGCUGAGAGAAUGCAGAAAGCUCUAGCUCACCCCACAAUGAAGAUCAAGAUCAUUGCUCCUCCUGAGCGUAAAUACUCCGUCUGGAUUGGUGGAUCGAUCUUGGCCUCGAUGUCCGAUUUUCAGUCCAUGUGGAUUACUAAACAAGAAUAUGACGAAUCUGGUCCUGCACUUGUCGAGCACAAAUGUGCUUAGUUAGAAUUAUAUUUUUCCAUACUCUGUUCACGAACAAAAAUAUUAUUUAGUUUAAAAAUAUCAUAAUUUGUGUUGAGUGCAGGGAUUGCAACCAAUCCCGGCAGAGUGAACUCACUAAGACGUGGCGGCCAAGCUGAUUAGAACUUGCUGAUUAGAACCGUUACCAUCCUCACAAAAAUUACGAAAAUUUCGGUCAGAAUGCAAAUGUAAAGUCAAUUUUCACUCGACAGACCGGAAAAUUUUCGAAAUAAACGGAACGUCUAGAAAUGCA